AUGUUUACCAGCCGCAGUGUAUCGACAGCAGCACCGGAAGUGAACGUCGCUGGGGCUACGCUGCAUCUAGCCGGACCGAUUCAAUCCACCCUGAACGGUACGCUCGCGACCGUAGCGUCCGUGAUAACGUCGGCGGCCGGCUCGCCGACGCUCACCACGCUCACAAUGGCACCGACGUCCGGCGGAGGGCCGGAGCCGGACGGUGGCGGAGGUGUCUGGAACGGUACCGCCGACCAGUCCGGGACGAGCACCGCGGUCAACGUGACCGAACCCACCGCGUCAACAAUCGUAGAACCAUCCGAUCGGCUCGUCGAGCUGACGGUACUGUGCUUGAAGAGUCUCAUCUUCGGAUCGAUCAUCAUCGGGGCUGUGCUAGGCAAUGCACUCGUUAUUAUUUCGGUGCACAAAAAUAGAAAGUUAAGAGUAAUAACCAACUACUUUGUAGUAUCAUUAGCAAUGGCGGACAUGCUGGUAGCACUCUGUGCGAUGACGUUCAACGCAUCCGUGGAGCUGUCGGGACGGUGGUUGUUUGGAGCGUUCAUGUGCAACGUGUGGAACAGCCUGGACGUUUACUUCUCGACAGCGAGCAUACUUCACCUUUGUUGCAUAUCGGUCGACCGGUAUUUCGCCAUCGUACGACCGCUCGAGUAUCCGCUGUACAUGACGCAACGGACGGUGUUCUUCAUGUUGGCGAAUGUUUGGGUGCUGCCGGCACUGAUAUCCUUUACGCCCAUAUUUCUCGGCUGGUACACAACGGCCGAGCAUCUGGCGGAGCUGAAGAGUAACCCGGACCUGUGUAUAUUCGUUGUAAAUAAAUCCUACGCAAUCAUUUCCAGCUCGAUCAGCUUCUGGAUACCGGGCAUCGUGAUGAUAACGAUGUACUAUCGUAUAUACAAAGAAGCGGUACGCCAGCGGAAAGCACUGAGUCGUACCAGCUCCAAUAUUUUGCUGAACAGUGUGCAGAUCAACAACGCAUCGAACACACUGCACGCGAACCAUCAUCACAACCAUCACCAUCAGCAUCACCGGAAUCAUCAUUUGCGUGCAAGCGACUGCGAUCUCGGCAUCGAUAUUAAAGACAUCCAGCACGAUACACACAGCGAGCUGAGCGAUCUUGACUUACAGGUGCCAAUAGUGCCAACGGUCGUUGCCAACACUGACGACGACUUUCUAGUUCCGUCCUCACCACCGCGUCGCUUGAGUCGCAGCAGCAUCGAUCUCCGCGAUCUGGAGUACAAGAACGAGGGCAAAAUCAAAAGCUCAGACAGUGUAUCAUCCAUCUUUCCACUGCACUACGAAAACAAUCUGCGCUACUCUGGCUCGGAACCGAUUCACAUAAAGGACGCACAACAGCAGCAGCAGCAGCAGCAACAGAACGAUCAACAACAACAACGUCGCGUUUCACGAAAGGAUAGUUUUCGCCAGAUCAACUUCUUCCAACCAUUCUUCUCGCGCAACAGUUUACUGAAGACUUACAUAAAGGGUGCAGCGGGCAGUGGAGGUGGCGGUGGUGUCACUGGAGCUGGGGCAGCAGCUGGAAGUGGGACUGCAAUAGCUGGCAAUAGCCUCAACAACAGCAACUCCAACCGAUCGUCCGAGCGGAACAACAAAAACAACGACAACCGUUCCAAUAACAAUAUCUUGGAUUUGAUCAACGUUGCGUCCUCCCUUAACAAAGACUCGGAGAAGGAGGUGAACACUCACAAACGCCACCAGAUAGCAGCCAGCGAGUCUGAUUUUCUCACCAUGAUCGAGAAGCAGCGGCAGAAGUUGGGCAAGAACACCAAUAGCCUGAAGAACUGCAACAAAGACGAGAAGGAACUGAUAUACGCGCUGAGUGAUUCGGACUUCAAUACGGCAUUGCAGAAGCAGGAUGACGGUGUGGCAAGACGAUGUUUCAAGAAUCUCGUCGGAAACGAAGUCGGCAAGGAAGGCAUCUUUAAGAUCGUUCUCAACAGUGAAGGGAAUGGUGCCGGGGAAGGUGGAGCUCCUCCGGCCGUCAUCAGUGCACCCGGUAUGGAGGGUGCCGGCACGAUGGAUACGCCCGACAUCUUGAUCGGAUGUUUCGACCACGGAUUCACGGGAUCGCGGCCUACACUCAAUAGCCCGACGGUGAAAGAUCUCGUCGGGGAUGAGAGUGCACUCAUCAAAACGUCCAGCCUGAAGGUAGCGGUGCCGGCGAGCUGUGCCGUUUCAUCCGAAGCGUUGGAAGGACCAAAGGUGAUCGAUCUCAUAUCGACGAUAAAUGGUGGGCCCGGUGAGGAGCUACGAUCACCGAAAGCCUCCCUGCAGAGCCGUUCGUCUGCGGCAGACAAUCAACUAUCGGCGGCGCUUAACGUGUCGUUGAAUGCGCGCUGUAGUCCGGUCAACAUACAGCUCAGUGAAGCGUCCACCAUCUCGCUGGAUCUUGUGGCAACGAGUCCGAAAGAGAAGCUCCCUAAAGUUCCCACUUCGGCACCGGCAACCGUCACCACGAUCGACAUUGCGAGCGAGAUGUUGAUGCUGUCCGACAACCCGGACAUAGUGAUCGACAACAGCCAUACGGGUGCAACGGUAUCACCUACGUCGCGUACCGUUACACCCUCGAGGGCAGCCUCGAUCAUGACGCCUUCGCCGCAACAUCCACGGCUCGGUCGGAAACGGCAGUCUUCCACCGUGACGUACAACAUCAACGUAAUCAACUUCCAGGCCAGUGAUAACCCAGACGACGAUACCAGCUUUCAGCUCAACAACCGGAACGGUAGCGGAGCGUACGGUGGUAAUGGUGGAGCGGCAACGGCGGGUGGGCGAUCGAACAGCUCGACGAACUCCAGCCAAAAACAUCAGCGCCGUGGCGCCAUUUGUAUUGUGAUCAACAACGACAAUGUGGUGCACGCGAACGACACCGACACGGACCUGGACGACGACGGGUGUGCUGGUGGUGUGUGUGGUGUGCCGGGCUGCGACGGUACCGGAAGCCGUACCCAUGCCAACCAGCACCAUCAGCAGCAUCAGCAGCAACAGCACCAGCAGCGCUAUCAGCCGAAUCAGCCCAGCUGCUGUUAUCCGGCCGGUCACCAGGACGAUGGUUCCGGUGCGGCCUCCUGCCGGCACCAUAAGUUCCGCAAGAUCAAAUGCCUGUGGAACCAUCUGAAGCGGUACGGGUUGCGCCGGGCCCCGUCCGUGCAUGUGUCCUGCGGCGGUGGAUGCGAGUUCGGUCCACCCUCUCCGACCGUCUCCACCAGUGCCGGGAAUCGGCUGACCGUGCCCAGUCCCGUACCGCCCGGUUGCCGGCAUUCGCGUUGCCCCAGCGUCGGCUGUGGAGAAGGCGGUACCUCGACCCGUCCGGCCAAGGGUUGGAGGGCGGAACAUAAGGCGGCACGGACGCUCGGAAUCAUCAUGGGAGUGUUUCUGCUCUGCUGGCUUCCGUUCUUCCUAUGGUACGUCAUCACAUCGCUUUGCGGCGAAGAAGCCUGUCCGUGUCCGGACGUCGUCAUCACGGUACUGUUCUGGAUCGGGUACUUCAACUCGACGCUUAAUCCGCUCAUCUACGCCUACUUCAACCGGGACUUCCGGGAAGCGUUCCGGAACACGCUUCAGUCCCUGCUGCCCUGCUUUGUCCGACGGAGCCCGUACGGUCACAGCGUGUACUACGUGUAG